CAGCAGUUCCGGAAGAUGGUAGAAAGUCGGAAGUCCUUUAACUUCCGCUCCCAGCAGAAGAUAAAGAACCAGAAGGAGAAAAUCAAGACCCUGCAAGAGGAGCAGGAUGAGAUCACCUUGCUUUUGGGUCUCAUCAAGUCUUCCAAGAACUUGGAUCUGAAUAGGAAAAACUACAUGGAGCUGCGUUUCCUGCUGCAAACCAAGGACGACUACGAAGCCUUGAUUAAAUCGAUGAAAAUACUGUUGGCCGAACUGGAUGAGAAGAUUGUUCAAAUGGAAAAAAAGAUUGUAAACCAAAAACAGAUCUUCACAAAAAUACAGGAGGCCAAUAACCCUCGGAAACUGCAAAAACAGAUCCACGUGUUGGAAACCCGUUUGAAUCUCGUCACCAUACACUUUGACAAGAUGCUGACCACUAACGCUAAACUCCGGAAGGAGAUCGAGGACCUGCGGUACGAGAAGGCUGCUUAUGACAACGUCUACCAGCAGCUCCAUCGGCGCCUGUCGAUGCAGAAGAAAACCAUGAAUACGGCCAUUGAGCAGUCUUCUCAAGCCUACGAACAGAGACUGGAAGCCAUGGCUCGGAUGGCGGCCAUGAAGGACCGCCAGCAGAAGGACAUCUCUCAGUACAACCUGGAGAUCCGCGAGCUGGAGCGUGUCUACGACCAUGAGACCAAGCUCAAAUCCUUCCUGCUCUUCAAGCUAAAUGACCGUAUGGAGUUCGAGGAGCAGGCCAAAAAAGAAGAAGCUCUCAAGGCAAAGAAGCACAGGAAGAAGAGGAACAAGGGUGAGAGUUUUGAGAGCUACGAGGUGGCCCACCUCCGGCUGCUGAAGCUGACAGAGAGUGGGAACUUGAAUCAGCUCAUUGAGGAAUUUCUGGCCAAGGAGGAUAAGAACUUUGCUCGGUUCACCUACGUCACGGAGCUCAACAACGACAUGGAGAUGAUGCACAAGAAGACACAGAAAAUCCAGAAUGAGAUCAUCCUCUUGCAAUCCCAGCAGAAGUCGUCACAGGAGGACAGCCGCUCUGUCCUGAGACAGCUGGAGGAGAAACUAAAGAAGACCACGGAGGAGGCGGAUAGGUAUGAGAACAGCUACCAGGAGAUCAACAGGACCUUGGAGAAUCUCAAGGGCUCGGUAGAGAAUUUGUUUAAGAAGAUAAAUUGUGACGCCACCAAGAUCCUGGUGCAGUUAGGGGAGACGGGGAAAAUCACCAACGCCAACCUUCCACAGUACUUCGCCAUCAUUGAAAAGACAACCAACGACCUGCUGCUGUUAGAGUCCUACAAGCGAAUCCUGGACAUAGAAGGGGCAGAAACCGAGCCCCCGCCAGCCUUUGUCAACCCCUUCUGGGGCGGCUCUGCCUUCCUCAAGUACGCAGAGCCCAUCAAGGUCAACCCACCAGUGCUUGGGGCUGACCCCUUCCAUGACAAAUUGGAUGAAGUGGAGCAGCCCCUGGACCACGACAGCCUUCGGCAGAUGGUGCUCACAAACUACAGCAUGAAAGUCUCGAAAAAGGACUCUCGGACAACAAUACACGCGGACGGCAUCUCUACGAAAGGGGAUGAUCUGAGGCCUAAGAAGAAGAUCGCAUUCUGAAGUGGAUGGGGCCACAUUUGUACUGUAA